AGAGAAGUCAGUAGAAUAAGUCACAUCAUCGGAAUAAAAACCGAACGGGAGCUCAAGGAGACUUUGCAACUUGAUAGCCUAAAUCUCACGAGCUUCUACGAGAGCUAGCUGCAGGAAAGGAAACGGGACAAAUAUCCUAAGAAGAAAGGACUUUUUUCUGCUUUUUUAAAGUAUUAACCGAGGGAUUUUCAUUUUUAAAGGGAUCACUUGAGAUUUCAGGAUGAUGCUGUGUGGCAUCUUUUUGCUGUUGAUGCUUUGGAGUUGUGAGAGCGCGAGGUUGGCAGAGAGUCGAGAUGAUAACAGUGUGUAUGACUUAUUCGAGCUGACCCGGGUAAACAAGAGAAAUCAUGGAGUGACUUUGGUCAAAGGCGUUGAUCCUUACAGCCCUGCAUACAAAGUCCUGAACGCAGACCUGAUCCCCCCGGUCCCCGACAGCCCCUUCAGGGACCUCCUCGACUCCAUCCAGGCUGAAAGGGGGUUCCUCCUCCUCGUCAACCUGAAGCAGUUCAAGAGAACCAGAGGCAGCCUGCUGACCAUCGAGAAGAGAGAUGGAUCAGGAGCCGCGUUUGAGAUCAUUUCCAACGGGAGGGCGAACACUCUGGAUAUCUUCUUCUCCACCGCCGAGCAGCAGCAGCUCGUGUCCAUCGAGGAUGCUGAUUUGGCCACGGGACACUGGAAGAACAUCACGCUGUUCGUGCAGGAUGACCGGGUGCGUCUCUAUGUCGGCUGUGAGGAGAUCAAUGAGUCUGAGCUGGAUGUGCCAAUCCAGAGGGUGCUGUCUCCAGAUGUGGCUGACAUUGCCAGGCUCAGGAUUGGAAAGGGAGCUGCAAAGGACAAGUUUAUGGGAGUGCUCCAAAAUGUGCGGUUCGUCUUUCGGACAAGUCUUGAUGCCAUACUGAGAAAUAAGGGAUGCCAGAGUGGAGCAGCCUUAACUGAUGUCAUGACCCUUGACAACCCCAUCAACGGCUCCAGCCCUGCCAUUAGGACUGAUUACACUGGCCACAAAGCCAAAGACCUGCAGACCGUCUGCGGCUUCUCCUGUGAGGACCUUGCCGGCAUGUUUAAGGAACUCAAGGGCCUCGGUGUGGUUGUUAAACAGCUGUCCAAUGAGCUCCGCAAAGUGUCUGAGGACAGCGCUCUGCUCAAAAAUCAAAUGAACACCUACAGUGGCAUCUGCAUCCACAACGGCAUCGUGCACAAGGACAAAGAGGAGUGGACUGUGGACGGCUGCACUGAGUGCACCUGCCAAAACUCUGCUACUGUGUGUCGCAAAAUCUCCUGCCCUCUGAUCCCGUGUUCUAAUGCCACCGUGCCUGACGGAGAGUGCUGCCCCCGCUGUGAGGCAAGUGACUACGCAGAGGAUGGAUGGUCCCCUUGGUCUGAAUGGACCCCUUGUUCUGUGACUUGUGGCCGUGGCAUCCAGCAGCGUGGACGCUCCUGUGACCGCAUCAACAGCAAUUGUGAGGGCACCUCUGUCCAGACCCGUGACUGCUACCCCCAGGAAUGCGACAAACGCUUCAAACAGGAUGGUGGUUGGAGCCACUGGUCUCCCUGGUCUUCGUGCUCUGUGACCUGCGGUGAGGGGGUCAUCACCCGGAUACGCCUCUGCAACUCUCCAACACCCCAGAUGGGCGGUAUGGACUGCCAAGGAGAAGGACGUCAAACCGAAAUCUGUCAGAAGUCGCCCUGCCCUAUCAAUGGAGGUUGGGGGCCCUGGUCACCAUGGGACAGCUGCACUGUUACCUGUGGUGGAGGAGUCCAGACUCGCAAACGUCUCUGCUCUGACCCUGUCCCCAGAUAUGGAGGAAAGGACUGUGUGGGUGAUGCCACCAUGUCUCAAGUAUGCAACAAGCAGGACUGCCCUAUUGACGGUUGUCUCUCAAAUCCAUGCUUCCCUGGCUCGAGAUGCACCAGCUUCCCUGAUGGCUCUUUCAAGUGUGGCAGGUGUCCCCUUGGGUACACUGGAAAUGGCAUCACUUGCAAAGACAUUGAUGAGUGUGCAGAGGUCCCUGAUGCUUGCUUUACACAUAACGGAGUCCAUCGUUGUGAGAACACCGAGCCUGGUUACAACUGCAUGCCCUGCCCUGCGCGUUUCUCCGGUCCUCAGCCUUUUGGAAGAGGAGUUGAACAGGCAACUGCUAAAAAACAGGUUUGCAAACCUCGUAACCCCUGCCAGGAUGGCAGCCACGACUGCCAUAAGAAUGCAAACUGUGUCUACUUGGGCGUCUACUCCGAGUCCAUGUUCCGCUGUGAGUGCAGGCCAGGUUAUGCUGGAAAUGGACGCAUUUGCGGAGAGGACACUGACUUGGAUGGAUGGCCAAACUCUGACCUGCUGUGUGUGGAGAAUGCGACCUACCACUGCAAGAAGGAUAACUGCCCAAGCCUUCCCAACUCUGGUCAGGAAGAUCAUGACAAAGAUGGCCUGGGUGAUGAAUGCGACAGUGAUGAUGACAAUGAUGGGAUCCCCGAUGAUAGGGACAACUGCCCAAGAGUGUACAACCCUGCCCAGUAUGACGCAGACAGGGAUGAUGUUGGCGACCGCUGUGAUAACUGUGUGUUCGAGGCGAAUGCUGACCAAACUGACACUGACAACAAUGGAGAAGGAGAUGCCUGUGCUGUUGACAUUGAUGGCGAUGGUAUUCUGAACGAGAACGACAACUGCCCAUAUGUUUACAAUGUGGAUCAGAGAGACACUGACAGGGACGGUGUUGGUGACCAUUGUGACAACUGUCCUCUGGAGCACAACCCUGAUCAGGUCGACUCAGACUCGGAUCGCAUCGGAGACAAAUGCGACAACAACCAGGACAUUGACGAGGACGGUCACCAGAACAACUUGGACAACUGCCCCUACAUACCGAAUGCCAACCAGGCUGAUCACGACAAAGAUGGCAAGGGUGACGCCUGCGACCAUGAUGAUGACAAUGAUGGCAUUCCUGAUGACAAAGACAACUGCAGACUGGCAUUUAACCCUGAUCAAGUGGACUCUGAUGGUGAUGGCCGUGGUGAUGUGUGCAAAGACGACUUUGACCAAGACAAUGUCCUCGACAUCUAUGAUGUGUGUCCAGAGAACUUUGCCAUCAGUGAAACAGACUUCCGCAGAUUCCAAAUGGUUCCUCUGGACCCCAAGGGCACUUCCCAGAUUGACCCCAACUGGGUGGUCAGACAUCAGGGCAAGGAGCUGGUGCAGACUGUCAACUGUGAUCCUGGCAUUGCAGUUGGUUACGAUGAGUUCAGCGCCGUAGAUUUCAGUGGAACGUUCUUCAUCAACACAGACAGAGAUGACGACUACGCCGGAUUUGUGUUUGGCUACCAGUCCAGCUCACGCUUCUACACAGUCAUGUGGAAACAGAUCACGCAAACCUACUGGUCCCACACACCCACAAGAGCUCAAGGCUACUCUGGCUUGUCAAUCAAAGUGGUCAACUCCACCACUGGGCCUGGUGAGCACCUGAGAAAUGCCCUGUGGCACACUGGGGACACUGCAGGACAGGUGCGCACUCUGUGGCACGACCCCAAGAACAUUGGCUGGAAGGACUUCACCGCCUACAGAUGGCAUCUAGUCCACAGACCCAAGACUGGACUCAUUAGAGUGGUCAUGUAUGAAGGCAAGAGGAUCAUGGCUGAUUCUGGAAACAUCUAUGACAAGACGUAUGCAGGUGGACGACUAGGCUUGUAUGUCUUCUCUCAGGAGAUGGUUUACUUCUCAGACCUCAAAUAUGAAUGCAGAGAUUCUUAAUCGGACUGCAGAGGCUUCCAGACAGAAUCCGGCUGUCAGUAUGAGUACUUAAGAAAGGAACUGGAUCAAAGUCUUUUUAACUUUCUCAUUUGAAAAAUGCACAUUGGAGGAAUGAUGAGCAAGUGAGCUGACCUCUGGACUUUAUGCCAAAUGAAAAUUCAACGAUAAUUCUGCACCACUGCACCAAACUCGAAUAGUGAGCGCAGCUCUGCUCAGAAGAAAUUGGCCCCCUCACUUUGUCGCUCUGAUCUUCAUUGAAGGGGGGGCCAUAUUUCAUUGCUUUGCACACCUGAACUGUUGUCGGUAUUCCUCUGUGGAUGAGGGACCAAAGGAGAGAGUGUUCCAUGUUUUUGAUUAUUUUUUUAACUCCUAUUUUUGAGCAUUAAUACACAUCUGCUGUGGACUCAGAGAUACUUGUUUAAGUAUGAAGAAGGUAGUGGGAGAGCUUUAAAAGGCCGGGGUGAUGAUACCCUUUGAAGGAUCUGUUGAGGGACCAUGGACAGUAUGGACCGACUGUUAACUAUCAAAGAGUGUGAAUGUUGUUUGUAUGUGCCACCCAGCAAGCAUUAUUAUGAAGUCAGUUCUAAAAUUUGGUUUCUUGCAAAGAUUUCUCCCCUUACUUUAAUACAGACCUGCAUAUGUAAGGCCGUUUAUUCAGCUGAGGCUUAGGGCUGGCUAUUUGUCUUCUCAGGAAAAAGCACUAAAUGGAAUUGAGGAGAGCACAAAUUCAGGACAGCACAGGGAAGCAGUAUCACUGAACACUGCUUUGGAACAGAAAUCAUUAGCAAAUAUUAUGUAAAUAUCUCUAAUAUUUACUGAUAGUUUCAAGGGACGUAAACAGAAAGGGCCAGUCUAUUUCCUGCCAUGAGUAAAACUAUGCAAGUGUCGCUCAUCUCUGCACGUUUCCAGCUUAAAAAGCAAUUACAAAUACCCCCUCAUGGCACUACAUUUGAUCAAAGCAGUACAAACAAUAGGCAUCACUUACAGUAAAUAUUCUGCUUCUGCAGUGUGUAUGACGAGUGCGCCUGAGCUUGUGUGUACAUCUCUGACAAGGGAAAAUUAAAAGAAAACCCUUAAUGUACAAAUAUUACCUCAUUAAUUCUUUUUGUAUUGAGGCCAGCAAUACACAAGAAUCAGUCGUCUUUGCAACAGAGUAUAAAUUGGUUGGCUUCUUCUAUUUUUUACACAAAACUUUUAAUCAUUUAUAUACUGUAUAUAAGAUAUUUUUGUAGUGGAAAAGAAGCCCGAAUAGGAACGUAAAGGAAAUGUUUUGACUGUGUUGUGCUUUGUGUAUGUUUUUCCUGUGCAUUUUUUGAUAAAUUAUUGUGUUAAAUGUUGAGGUUAUUUCAUUUGUGUAGAUAUAUGCUAUUUAAAUAAUUUAUCUAGAAGCGUAGCCUCAUAUGGAAGCGUUUCUGUCUGUAUAAACUUAUUUGCACACUGACAUGAGGAUGUCUUUGUUUUUUUUGUUUUGUUUUGUUUUGUAUGUGUUUUUUAAUUAUUAGUGAAGCUUUUCUAUAAACUUUGUACUAUAGUUUCUACCAAAAGUGCUGUUUAUACUCCUAUCUGGUAUUUUGUAAUGUCAAGUGAACAAUAAACACUUAAAGACAAAAUA